CGUCCACCGGGAACACACUUCAGCUCUCCGUCCGCCGCAAGUUUGGGCGUUUUCCCUCCCGCUGCUCUGCUCUCAUCACACCCACCGGACAUUUCACCGGAAAAACUACAGACUACCGGUUUUCACGCGACCUUUUUGUCGCCGUUAUUUUUCUUCUUCUUCUUCUUGGAGACACGGGGGUUGAACAGAACCGGAGAAGACGACUUUCCAACGGACCGGUAAACUCCGCCGACAGCGUCCAUGCUGGUCCCCACACAGGCUGUGCAGUGGUGGCUGAUCUGGGGUCAGCCUGGUGGACUUUAGGCUGCAGGACUGUGCGCUGCGAGUGGUCAUGAAGCUGCCCUGCUCCCUGUACGGCUCCCUGUGGUUCCUCUUGCUGCUGGGAGCCGGAUCUCUGCUGCUGCUCGUCCGCCUGCAGGACCUCACCGAGGUGGUGCUGCAGCAGACCCCAGGUGUCAACAUGCUGGUGGCUCCCAGGUGGCCUGUUGAGAAGGAUGUGGUGACGGACAGCGCAGCAGCUGCAGAUCAGCCUGCAGAGAAGUUUGAAGUCUCCUCUGAGUCUCUGUCGGAGCUUCAGGACUCAGUCGGCUCCAAACAGCCGGUCACCAAACGUCACAGGAAGUUGCUCCUGAAGAAUCCCAACUCUUCCAGCGCUCCUGCAGGUGGAGAGGAGAAGCUACAGCUGCUGCAGCAUCAGAGGCUGGCAGAGACGCAGGCGUCCCGGCGCCGCCUGCUGGCUGACGUCUGUGCCAAAUACCAGCCGGGCGUCACUGAGCGGCGUGUGUCUCAGCGGCAGGUGUCCCGGGUGUACGUGGAGGACCGGUCCAGGCUGCUGUACUGCGAGGUGCCCAAAGCCGGCUGCUCCAACUGGAAGCGGGUGCUGAUGGUGUUGGGCGGCAGCGCCACCUCCACACGAGACAUUCCUCAUGACGCGGCGCAUUACGGCAACCACCUGCGGCGGCUGGAGAGCUACGACCGCGCUGGCAUCGCAGAGAGACUUCGCUCCUACACCAAAGUGUUGUUCGUCAGGGAGCCCUUUGAGCGUCUGGUGUCGGCCUUCCGCGACAAGUUUGAGAGUCCAAACUCGUACUACCACCCAGUCUUUGGACGCCCAAUCAUCUCCAGAUACCGCGCCAAUGCCACGCGCACUGCCCUGCGCACAGGCGCCGGUGUCACCUUCAGGGAGUUCGUGCAGUACCUGCUGGAUGUGCGGCGGCCGGUGGGGAUGGACAUCCACUGGGAGCCCAUCAGUCAGCUGUGUAACCCCUGCCUCCUCAGGUACAACUUCAUCGGCAAGUUUGAGAACCUGGAGGAAGAAGCCAACUUCCUGCUGCAGAACGUCGGAGCACCGAGGAACCUCACGUUCCCCGACUUCAAAGACAGGAACCCCCGAGCUGAGAGGACUUCCUCCAGAAUCACCCAGAGGUAUUUCUCACAGCUCAACGCCACCGAGCGACAGAAGGCCUUCGACUUCUACUACAUGGACUACCUGAUGUUCAACUACCCCAAACCGUUCAAAGACCUGCACUGAGGACGGGACUAGACCUGGGGGGGGGGGUCACUGAGGGCAGGACCUGGGGGAGGGGUGGGGCCUGAGUCCAUGACCUGGGGGAGGGCGGGGUAAUACUGGUGAAGCUAAGUGACUUAAUCAAGUUAUUGUUUGUAUUCUUUCCGUUCCAGGUGCUCCGUGUCUCAGUCACUCAGUUUAACUCUUUGACAGUCUCUGAGUUGUGGUGAUGACUUUUUUUUUACCCACAAUGCAGCAGGUGUGAUAGGAACAACAACACUCUGACAUGUCUUAUAUGCUGCACAUCACUGAGACUUUAAAUAUGCACUAUGGUUAACGUGUGUCUGAUCUGUUUGUGAAACUGUUUUUAUUUUUCUGUCGCAGAAUCAGAGGAGUUCAGGUACAGACUCAUCACCUGAACACCAGCUCUGAUCCACAGUUUGACGUCACGUCUCUAAAACAAACAUCACAAUCUCUUUAUUUGUCAUUCUUUAUAUAAACACAAACCAGUCGUGACCGACUGUCAGCUGGAGAACAUUUCUCAGUUCUUUCACAAAUAUAGUUCAUACCCUCAAAUUAUUUCAAAAAUAUUCAGCUUACUUUGAUUCAAAAAAAUUCAAGAUGCUGAAACAUCAAAUGUUUUGUAUUUUUGUUGAGAACUUUCCGAAGUGAUCAAUCAGUUAUCAGAAUAACUGUCAGUUAAUAUGUAGGUAUGAAAUAUAAUGAACAUAAUAAUAUGUUAAAUCAGUGGCUCCCAACUGGUCAUUAGUUCAAAGUCCACACAGUUAAAUAUACUCGGUGUCAUACUUGGUUUGGCGGUGUUGUCGAGUUAGCUACUUGUCAGAGACAGCAAACUGUCUGUUAGUUUCUCACUCUACAGCAGCAAACGGCAUUUCAAAAUAAAAGUCCUGUGCUAGAAAUUCAACAUGACACAUCUGUAAGUCGCUUGCGGUCCAUUCAGAAUUGACACACGACCCACUUUUGGACCACGACCCACCAGGUGGGAACCACUGUGUUAAAGUAUCUGCUGUUAAUAUACUGUGUGUGCCGUAUGUAAUAAUAUACACACACUAUACCUAUUAACACAAUGAAAUAUAGGUAUAUAAUAGAAAUAAAAGAGACCACUCUGAUAUAACAUAUAAUAUUAUAUAACACUAUAUUAGUAAUAUAGUAUUUUCAUAUACUUAUAUCAGUAAUAUAAUGUAAAAUAAAAUAGUGUUACUACUCCUUAUACUACUACUAUCAUAGUAAUAAUGACAAUGGUGAUAAAUAAUCAGGGAUACAAUAAUCAUAAUGAGCAAAGGCUGAGCUUUUAUUUUGACAUUUUAGUUUGUACAGAUGACAGGUAGUCACAUACUAACACACUGCCUACUACAUACUUAUUCAGCACGUGCUGCAUACUGCCCACCAAAUUAACCGUUAAAGAUCCGUGUGUAAGAUUUAGGAGGAUUUAGUGGCGUAUACAGGUGAGGAUUUCAGAUUUUAACCAGCAAUCAGUGAUCAUUGUUGAGGAGGUUUUUACCAUGAGCCGAAUAAUCCUCUGAGGUCUCUUCCUCUCUAAAACAAACUGACCAGGUGAUUAAAAUCAGUAAAUACACUGAAUAAAGCUUCCUACUUAGAGCCAGUGUUUGGUUUGUCCAUUCUGGGCUACUGUAGAAACAUGAUGUUGCAACAUGGUGAUCUCUGUAGAAGAGGACCCGCUCCCUAUGUAGAUAUUAAUGGCUCAUUCUAAGCUAACAAAAACUCAAAGAUUCAUAUUUUCAGUUGAUUACAUGUUACACACUGGACCUUUACGUACGCAGACUGUUCAGUAUACUCUAAUAACAUGACUGCAUCACAUGACUGGCGGCCAGUCUGACCUGGCCAGCAGCUCACACACCUCGGACAAUUUUGUGUAAUUUUGAGUAAACUAAAUGACCCCUGAGUUAGAGACAUGUUUUAUGGAUACUUCUUAUUAUAUUCAGUAAUAAUAGAGAACAGCUGAUAAACUGGAAAAUUAGCCCAAAUGUUGAACCCAAUAACUGCAGGACGUUUUAGGAUUUUUUUAAUGUGUUUUUAUGAUUAUAUUGGGGUUUUUUUGUUUGUUUUGUUGUUUGUUUUAUUCUGUUUUUUGACAGACUGAGUGUUCUAUGAACUCUUUGUUUUAACUGUGUAUUUUUCUAAUGCAGGACGAGGCUGUUUAACAGAGACAGAAGGCUUUCUGUAUAUGUUGUGUGUCCAGGUCUUCACCCUGUCCUCAUCCUGGGAGAUCUUAAACUUAAAAAAUAACAAUUUAAUUUACUGUAGAACUUAAAUUAGUAGCCUGGGCUAUUAUUGUCUUGGAUCACUGAACUCAACAGGCCUAUAUUUGGGACAGGCCUCUCACACAAAACUGUUGUUCAGCAAAGAUCAGGAAAUACAAUCAAAUUCUUCAUUUAAACCAGUAUGACUAUUACUCAGUUCUCAAUCAUUCAUUUGAUCUAGCUUUGACAGACCAUAAGAGAGAGUGAGAGCUACAGCACUCGAGGAUUACAGCACCCAGCAUACUGACACAACACCACUUUAUCCUGUUAAAAUAAUCCUCACAACUUGGAUUCAUUUUUAGCUACACCAGGCUAGUAAAAGGGACUGAGCGGUUAAUUGGAGUUUUACAGUAGUUUUCUUUACAGAAAUAUAUAUAUACAUAUAUAUAUAUAUAUACAUAAAUAACUGAAACUUUGGUGACCCCGUGUUGGGAACCAGUGAUUUAGGUGUUUUCACAUAUGGUCCUUUUAAAGCAAACUGACCUCAGUCCUCUUAGGGUGUUUUCACACUUGGACUCAGAGUGGUGACUCAGCAUUUUUGCACAUAUGUGAACACUACAAGAACUCAGACCCCUCUGAAGCAAACAGAACUCAGACCCCUUUGAAGCGAAAAGAACUCAGACCCCUUUGAAGCAAACAGAACUCAGACCCCUCUGAAGCAAACAGAAGUCAGACCCCUCAGAAGCGAACAGAACUCAGACCCCUUUGAAGCAAACAGAACUCAGACCCCUCUGAAGCGAAAAGAACUCAGACCCCUUUGAAGCGAACAGAACUCAGACCCCUUUGAAGCGAACAGAAGUCAGACCCCUUUGAAGCAAACAGAACUCAGACCCCUCUGAAGCAAACAGAAGUCAGACCCCUUUGAAGCGAACAGAACUCAGACCCCUUUGAAGCGAACAGAAGUCAGACCCCUUUGAAGCAAACAGAACUCAGACCCCUCUGAAGCAAACAGAACUCAGACCCCUCUGAAGCGAACAGAAGUCAGACCCCUUUGAAGCAAACAGAACUCAGACCCCUUUGAAGCGAACAGAAGUCAGACCCCUUUGAAGCAAACAGAACUCAGACCCCUUUGAAGCGAACAGAACUCAGACCCCUCUGAAGCAAACAGAACUCAGACCCCUCUGAAGCGAACAGAAGUCAGACCCCUUUGAAGCAAACAGAACUCAGACCCCUUUGAAGCGAACAGAACUCAGACCCCUUUGAAGCGAACAGAAGUCAGACCCCUCUGCAGCAAACAGAACUCAGACCCCUUUGAAGCGAACAGAAGUCAGACCCCUUUGAAGCGAACAGAACUCAGACCCCUUUGAAGCGAACAGAAGUCAGACCCCUUUGAAGCAAACAGAACUCAGACCCCUUUGAAGCGAACAGAACUCAGACCCCUCUGCAGCAAACAGAACUCAGACCCCUCUGCAGCAAACAGAACUCAGACCCCUUUGAAGCGAACAGAAGUCAGACCCCUUUGAAGCGAACAGAACUCAGACCCCUCUGAAGCGAACAGAACUCAGACCCCUCUGAAGCAAACAGAACUCAGACCCCUUUGAAGCGAACAGAACUCAGACCCCUCUGAAGCAAACAGAACUCAGACCCCUUUGAAGCGAACAGAAGUCAGACCCCUUUGAAGCGAACAGAACUCAGACCCCUUUGAAGCGAACAGAACUCAGACCCCUCUGCAGCAAACAGAACUCAGACCCCUUUGAAGCAAACAGAACUCAGACCCCUUUGAAGCGAACAGAAGUCAGACCCCUUUGAAGCGAACAGAAGUCAGAACCCUCUGAAGCGAACAGAACUCAGACCCCUUUGAAGCGAACAGAAGUCAGACCCCUUUGAAGCGAACAGAACUCAGACCCCUCUGAAGCAAACAGAAGUCAGACCCCUCUGAAGCGAACAGAACUCAAAUCCAUCUGAAGCAAACAGAACUCAGACCAGUUCACUUAACCUGUGCCUUGUGAACACAAAGCGCUCCAGGUUCACUUUGCUCUCUGCCGUUGUAUUGAGCCCUCUAGAUCACAUCCUGUUGACCUGGGACUCUUGAAAAACAGAUGAAACCACAUCGGCCGUAAUGCUUGCAAGGAUGCAGGACGAGGAGUGGUUUGGUCCACAGAAGAUACUGCACGUCUCCAGAUGUGGACUGUAGAAUACAUCAAACAGCAACAGUCCACAGCACAGAAACACUAAGGUUUCCCUCCAAUAUUAAGUUCAUCUGAAAGCGAGGGGCUUCAUAACCGCACUGCAGCGCCACGUCAAAGUAAAAACCAAACUACAUCAGUAUAUUAAAUAUAGGCUAUAGUGUGAACACAAAGAGGACUGAGUCCCUUUUCUGUUGGUCCACUUUAAGAGGACUGAGAUCUGUUUGUUCUAAAAGGACUAUGUGAAAACACCCAAAGAGACCAUGUGGAUAGGAGUGGGCAUGGAGGGAUUAAUCAUCACCAGAACAACAAUCAUGAUCAUUUUAAAUGUGUCCUCAUGUAGUGGACAUCUAUCGAUCCAGCUGUGGACAGUUUAGACAUCUUGUCUUCUGUUUUUUUGCUUUAAUGACUUCUGUGAAGUUUGUUUUAGAUUCUUUUCUCUGAUACUUUGUCCACAUGAACAUGUCUAACUGAGACACUAGAGACGUCUGUCCACAGAGACACACCUGACACGACAUAAAGACAGCUACGUCUCCUUUUCUUUGUCUCUUUACAGGAGAGAGACACAUGACGUCGUGUUUUAUUACAGUUCAGUUUUCUCUGAAACAAACUGGAGUUUAAUCCUCAGUGUGACACAAAGGGACAAAGAUGUGUUUAAAUGUGGACGCAGUCUGUUUCUAUACCUGAGACUGUCUUUAAACUUCCAGACUGAGUGGACGUGAUGGAAACAGGUGACACGUUGUGUCUCUGUGAGAGUGAAUCAGCUGACGUCAGAUGGACAUACGGAGACGACCUCGAAGCCUUAACACUGCCAUUUCACCUUCAUGUGAAUAUUAAUAAAUGUGUCUUUUUAUCCACA